AUGUUGUCAACAUUCUCUUACAGAUACCUACCUACCUGCUUUUAUAUCAUCAAAUUGACGUUUCAGACUGUGAUUUUACUUUGUGAAAAAAAUGCUCAUGGUAAUAAAGUUUAUGAAUGUAUGUAAUAAGCGCGGUCAUACUUCUUGCGUCAAGACGCCUACCUCGGCCCUGGCCUUCGAUCGAUACCUCGCAAGUCGGUAACUGAAGCUACACGGUGCGGGCGUAUAGCGAGAAUUUCACUCGUUCCUACUCAAAGGUGUUCCAUUCAAAUGUCGUCGUUUCCGUUGUAUGUAGAAACGUACAAGAUAGGAAAUCGUGUUUAUCGCCGAACCGCGUAUAAAAGGAAUGACAGCAAGCGAGCCGAAGACGUUGGAGAUACGCCAGAUGUGUACGCAGAUGAAUAUGAUGACGAAGACCCUUCAUGUUCAGAUGUUAUUCCAGCGAAACGAGGGCGACAGCUGUCGGGUGAUGACGAAGAACCAGCGGACCCCGCACUGAAACUAUGCGACAGUGAUCCCAGGGUCUCAUAUGAUGGUUCGAAAUACACAGCAGAAAUCUACGUCCCCAGUGCGUUCUAUGGAAAAUUAAUUGGUACGCGUGGGACAACCAGGCGAGAAUUGGAAGAGUCGACGGAAUGCCGCCUAACAAUCCCUCGAAAAGGCCAAAAAGGAAACGUUGAGAUCAAGUCUUUCGUUGGCCUCGAGAAUGUGCAGCGUUGUCUAGAUCGUAUAGAAUUCCUUGUCGCGGAAGCAAGAAAGACGGCUCCUCUCACACAUUUUGUAGCGGUUCCAUGUGCACAAUCAGAAAUAGUUCAGUCUUUCGAAUUGUUCAAAGAAGCUGUCAUAAACAAUCCAAGAGUUCCGGAGGAAUCGCGUAAGGCUGAGCUAUUCACAUCGCCCAUCAAAAUGCAUAUAACAGUGUGCGUUCUAUGGCUUUUCGACGAAGAAGAACAAAAGAAAGCUAUUGACGUCAUAAACGAAUGCCGCGGCGAUCUUCUAGCCCAUCUUCCAUCUACUCCAUUAGAAAUCGAAGUAAGCGGUGUAGAGACAUGGGAGGACGAUCCAAAGAAUGUGCGAGUCCUUUUCUCGGUUAUUCGUUCAGAUCCACUUCAAAGAAUCUGUGACUUACUGCGAAAGAGACUUGUAAUUGCCGGUCUUUCGCCCAAGACUGAAAAAUCGCUGUCGACGAUCGAAUCAUCUGUCAGAAUGCAUGUGACGCUUAUGAAAAGCUUAUAUGCAGAUCGGGAUCACCCGAAACCCUUCGAUGCCGAGGUGAUACUCGAGGAGUACAAAGACUAUCACUUUGGAACGUUUACGCCCAACAAGAUCGUCGUGUGCUCGAUCAAUACCGUGGUUGAAGAAACGGGCUUCUACGAGCAACUCUACGAGAUGGCUUUACAGUAA